AUCUCCUCCUACGGGCACACUGUUUCUGUGUUACUUCAGUUGUAAAUAUUAAAAUGAAUCCGCUAACAAAUAUGCGAAAUGUACUCAAAUUAAGCGAGCAGGAGCUUAAAAACCCUAGUGGCAAGAGCUGGCAUGACAUGUACCGGGACUCCGCUUGGAUAUUUAUCGCUGGGUUUCCAUACACCCUUUCAGAGGGCGACAUCAUCUGCGUGUUCUCCCAAUAUGGGGAAGUUGUGAACAUAAAUUUGGUUCGCGACAGCAAAACGGGAAAAUCAAAAGGAUUCUGUUUCUUGUGCUACGAGGAUCAACGCUCCACAGUGCUCGCCGUGGAUAAUCUGAAUGGCAUCAAAAUUAUCGAUCGCACGCUGCGAGUUGAUCAUGUGGCAGACUAUAAACCACCCAAAGAUAAUGAGAAACUAGACGAAGAAACGCUGCGACUUUAUAUGGAAGGAUGCGCGCCGAAGCCUGUGAUUAAGCCUAAUCCUGCAGCCAGAGAGCCACAGCCUGAGUUAAAGUUAUCUGAGGCUAUAAAGCAGGAGAAGCAGAAACGCAACAAGAGUUCCAAGGAGAAAAAGCAUAAAAAGCGCAGGAAAAGUUCCGAAUAGAUUUAGAAUGUAGGA